GCUGACUAUGGUACUUGAACGGUUUCUUGUGGAGAUGAAUCCCCUGCUCAGUGUGAAGCUCAAACAAUCCUUUGAGGAAAAGUAGAUCCAAACCUCCAGUUUGAAUCCCCAGCUUAGUUGAAGCUCAGACGAUCCUUCCAGGUGGAGAAGGUCCCAAACAUCCAGUAUGCAGGAUGACUUCCUGCCGAGAGGCAAAGACAAAAACAAGGUUAAGACUCAGGUUGACAAAAACUCAGUUUGACUCAGCAAAACUCAGCUUGGCUAGAGUACCCAAAACUGGCAAACACUCAGACUUAGACUUAGAAAGUACUUUAUUGAUCCCUUGGGAAGACUCCCUCCGGAAAUUAAGGUCGAGGCAUCGAGGUAGUGGCAGUCAGCAGCUUCAGAGUCCUCCGGGAGGCCGAACGAGGACAGGGCACCGCCUGGUGGUGGAAAGAGGAAAACACAAAAAACAUCCUACACAAACUGGAAUCCUAACAGCAGCAUAGUAAUGGCUUCCUGAUGUUGUUAUUAAUCAGAAUCGGCGCUUAAGGUUCAAAGUUGGCUUUAGUUGAUGUUAGAUAAGCUUAGAUUAGAUUAAAUUAGAUUAGAUUAGAUUAGAUUAGAUUAGAUUAGAUUGUUUUUUUACAUACAGGCUGUUUUGGCUUAGUUUGAAAAGUUAUCGUAUGUUGUUGUUGGUCAAAAUGUAUCUGCAGUUUGAUGCUUUAAGGUAACGGGUUUCUCUUUUUAGCUGGAGAGAUUUAGUUUCGUAAAACUGACUUUUAAAACUUUUUAAAAUCACAGCAGCCGCUUAUUAAAUCUGGAUUUACACUAAAACACGCCCAUCGGGACAAAGGUUGCAUCAAUAAAAUGAGUUAAAAAUUUAUUUUGUGCUUCAAACUGCUCAUAUUCCUGUAGUUGAAGUCAUACUAAUCAAUCUUCUUCCUCAUAUAACACAGUAUAUGCACUUUGCACUUUGAUCAAAUAAUUUUCUAUUGCCUGCCCAACCCUUUAGAUAUCACUGAGCGGAACAAUAGGGAACACUUCAGAAGAAAGUUCAAACUACUCACAUCUCUGAGAUAAAGAAACGUGCACACUUGCUGUUCCUGAGAGGUAAAAUGGCUCAGAGAGGAGUUCAGAUGGAGAAAAUUUCUUGCUCCAUCUGUUUGGAUCUACUGAAGGAUCCAGCAACAAUUCCCUGUGGACACAGCUAUUGUAUGGACUGCAUUAAGGACCACUGGGAUGUAGAGGGUCGGAGGGGAAACUACAGCUGCCCACAGUGCAGGGAGACAUUUAGUGGAAGACCUGUCUUAAAGAAAAACACAAUCUUAGCAGAUUUAGUUGAGGAUCUUAAAAACAUUGAACUCCAAGCUGCUGAGGCUGAUCGCUGCUAUGCUGGACCUGAAGAUGUGGCCUGUGAUGUCUGCACUGGGAGGAAGAUGAAAGCUGUUAAGUCCUGUCAGGUCUGUUUGGUUUCUUUCUGUGAGAAUCACCAACAAGCUCACUGUAAUGUCUUUGGACUGAAGAAGCAUGAUCUGGUGGACCAGCUCCAGGUGAGACGACAACAAAUCCAGCAGAGAAUCCAGCAGAGAAUCCAGGACCAGGAGAAAGAUGUGAAGCUGCUUCAACAGGAGGUGGAGGCCAUCAAUUUAUCUGCUGAUAAAGCAGUGAAGGACAGUGAGAAGAUCUUCACUGAUCUGAUCCGUCUCAUCCAGAAAAGAAGCUCUGAUGUGAAGCAGCAGAUCAGAUCCCAGCAGGAAACUGAUGUGCGUGGAGUCAAAGAGCUUCAGAAGAAGCUGGAGCAGGAGAUCACUGAGCUGAAGAGGAAAGAUGCUGAGCUGCACAAGCUCCAAAACACAGAGGAUCUCACCCAGUUUCUCCAGAACUACCCCUCACUGUCAGCACUCAGUGAGUCUACACACUCAUCCAGCAUCAAUAUUCGUCCUCCAAGAUACUUCGAGGAUGUGACAGCAGCUGUGUCAGAAUUCAGAGACUUACUAGAUGAUAUCCUGACAGACACAGGGACAAACAUCUCACCAUCAGCCACUAGAGUGGAGGUUUUAGAGUCGGAACCAAACACCAGAAACGAAUUCUUAAAAUAUUUUCAAGAAAUCACUCUAGAUCCAAACACAGCAAACAAAAAUAUUUUAUUAUCUAAGGGGAACAGAAUGCUUAGAUUAACAGACCACCAACAGUCUUAUCCUGAUCAUCCAGACAGAUUCACUUUUCUGUUUCAGGUUCUAAGCAGAGAGAGUCUGACUGGACGUAGUUACUGGGAGGUGGAGUGGAGAGGAGAAGGAGUUUGUAUAGCAGUUUCUUACAGGAACAUUGGCAAAGUAGAAGGAUUUGGUUUUAAUGACAAAUCUUGGUCUUUAUAUUGUGACACAAGCAGUUAUACAUUUUGUCACAACAGAGUUAAAACUCCAGUACCAGGUCCAGUUUCCUCCAGAAUAGGAGUGUUUCUGGAUCACAGAGCAGGUAUUCUGUCUUUCUACAGUGUCUCUGAAACCAUGACUCUCCUCCAUAGAGUCCAGACCACAUUCACUCAGCCUCUAUAUGCUGGGGUUAGGCUUUAUGGCUCUAUAUACUCCCUUGAAUUCAUUAACUUGAAAUAGUCAGAAGUGAUCUAAAGUCCAAUUCUUUAAUUCUUUUGCUUAUUUUUGUUUUAGUUUCUAGUAUUCACCUAACUAAUUACAAUGAUAUUUAUCACU